GAGUUACGUAGUGACGUUAAUUCUAUAUGAGCGCGAGCGGCGGGAGCUUGGGUCUUUUUACCGCCGGCUGCGAGACGCUUCUUCCUCAAUCCUGAGUCACUGCGAGACCUGGCCUCGCGCAGAUUUGCUGCGGUCUGGAAAUAUGGCAGACAUUGACAACAAAGAACAGGCUGAGCUUGACCAGCAAGAUAUGGAAGAUGUUGAGGAAGUAGAAGAGGAAGAAUCUGGUGAGGAUGCUAACAGUAAAGCACGCCAACUAACUGUACAAAUGAUGCAGAAUCCUCAGAUUCUUGCAGCCCUCCAGGAGAGGCUUGAUGGCUUGGUUGGAACACCUACAGGCUAUAUAGAAAGUUGCAAAGUCGUGUCCGACCCAUCGCAACCCCAUGGACAACGUUCCUCCAGACCUUCCUGUCCUCUACCAUCCUCUGGAUAUGGCGGAAGCGGGGGCCUGCAUCUUGUUCGGGAAGUGCGCUCUCGCUGUUUGCGAGUGAUCGCGCACUCCGGUCCCUCUGACUUCUCUCGUUCCCCAAGUGGCUGGAAUCCCCAGAGCCUGGACCUUCGGCUGAUGCGAUGUAAUGCCAGCUUGCCUAAAGUAGUUAAGAGACGAGUAAAUGCACUCAAGAAUCUUCAAGUUAAAUGUGCACAGAUAGAAGCAAAGUUUUAUGAAGAAGUUCAUGAACUGGAAAGAAAAUAUGCUACCCUUUAUCAGCCCUUAUUUGACAAGAGAAGUGAAAUAAUCAAUGCUGUUUAUGAACCUACUGAAGAAGAAUGUGAGUGGAAAACAGACGCGGAAGAAGAAAUUUCAGAGGAAAUGAAAGAGAAGGCCAAGCUUGAAGAGGAGAAAAAAGAUCAAGAAAAAGAUGAUCCUAAAGGAAUUCCUGAAUUUUGGCUGACAGUAUUCAAGAAUGUUGAUUUACUCAGUGAUAUGGUUCAGGAACAUGAUGAACCUAUCCUUAAGCAUUUAAAAGAUAUUAAAGUGAAGUUUUCAGAAGCUGGAGAACCCAUGACUUUUACUUUAGAAUUCCACUUUGAACCUAAUGAAUUUUUCACAAAUGAAGUAGUAACAAAAACAUACAGAAUGAGGUCAGAACCCGAUGAUUCUGAUCCUUUCUCCUUCGAUGGACCAGAAAUUAUGGGUUGCACAGGGUGCCAAAUAGACUGGAAAAAGGGGAAGAAUGUUACUUUGAAAACUAUUAAGAAGAAACAAAAGCACAAGGGCCGUGGAACAGUUAGAACAGUGACAAAAACAGUUUCCAACGAUUCCUUCUUCAACUUUUUUAGUCCUCCAGAGGUUCCUGAAAGUGGAGACUUGGAUGAUGAUGCUGAAGCAAUUCUUGCAGCUGAUUUUGAAAUUGGCCAUUUUCUACGGGAGCGCAUAGUUCCACGAUCAGUAUUGUAUUUUACAGGAGAAGCCAUUGAAGAUGAUGAUGACGAUUAUGAUGAAGAAGGUGAGGAAGCUGAUGAUGAGGAAGGGGAGGAAGAAGCAGAUGAAGAAAAUGAUCCAGAUUAUGACCCAAAGAAGGAUCAAAACCCAGCAGAAUGCAAGCAGCAGUGAAACAGUGUGUAUGUGGCCUUGAGGAUUAUCUGCACUGUAAUAGCCUAAAUACAACUAUUAGUUACUUACAGCCUUAUGUUUUGUAUCUUGGUAGAAUUAAGUAAACAUUUUGUUAAAACAAACUGACAGAACCAGUUUAAAAUGUAGGUUCCUUGUACCUAGCAUUUUAAUAGUACUUUUCUGCCAAUAUGUAGAAUGCAGUAAAUCCUACAGCAUGAAUUGUUAAUUCAUUGCUAUAUAUAGUUUGGUUCUAGUGAAGUCUGUUGUCAUGUAGCUAUUAGACUGCAGCUGUGAAGAUAUCAGAACUCUUGACGGAGACCACUAUUUGUUUAGAAAAGAUCCUUUCCCAGAGAACCAACCAAAGUAUUUUUGGCCCAGUAGUUUAAAUGGGUUUAAGUCUGCUUGCACUGGCUGUGCCUUCAUUAAUUUGUCAUAGAAAUAGCAGUGACUUGUACUAAUUAGGAAAUGACAUACAUUUUCAAAUUUCAUAACUUCCAUAUAAACUGUUAAUUUCCAUCAAGACCACAUUGAAUGUUCAUAAUUGUCUGCUUGUUUAUGCUCUAGGUUUUUGUAUUUUGUGAUGGUGACCUACAGAAAAUCUCUAGAAACAUCAUAUUAAGGUUGUUUAUCACUGGGAUGUGAAUAAACCUAGUAUUUUCAGAAA